UCAAUCAUAAUUAAUAUUUUAAUUUAUAAAAUUCUAUUAAUCUAAUUAAGUUUUAAAUAAGAUAAUAUGAAAAUCAUUUCAUUAUUUAAUUUGAAUUGAAAAAGUAAAUACAAAAUUAUAAAAACCGGCAACAAAAUUUAUAUUUUCCAACCCGGAAACCCUCGGCCUUCAUCAUCAGAGUUCUCUCGCGGCGAGAUCACAGUUGCAGUUACUCUGGUGGCCAGGAUCACAUUUGCCCAAACCUAACUCCUCCCACGACCUCGUUCUGAUGGAUUCCACAGCUCCUAAAAAGCGUGGCUUGGGUAGGGGGCCCACUCAAAUCCCCAGGGCACCUACUAACCCAGACGACCGGGAGCUUAUUCAACUUCGUCAAACCCCAUAUAACGUUGAUUUUGCAGAUCAUAGAAUCGUGAAGUGCAUCUCUCAGCUGUGCCUUCAGAAUUGGCCUACCCCUGCCAUUAGGUGGGCUAGCACACCUACAGCACAUAAGGAUGCAGUAUGGGCUGAAUUUCAGAAACGAUACAGGUGGGCAGAUGAAGACGGUCCUACUAUUUCUGAUCUGUUUUGGAGAAAAUGUGCAGAUCGAACCAAAGACAAUUUGUCAAAAGAGCGCACAAAAGCCCUGCAGAAUGCUAGCAAUGAAUUUCCAGGUCAAGGGGAUUUGCACAUGCAUAAGUUUAACCCAUGGUGGUGUAGCGCUGAUAUUUGGGCUCAGAUGUGUGCUCAGUGGACAGAGCCUGAGUUUGUGCACAAAAGUAAUACUGCCUCGGGAAAUAGAUGUGGAGGUGCUGAGAAGGCAAAAGGUACAUACAAGGGAGGUAGUAUAUCCCAGGGGCAGCAUAUGGCUAACAAGGAGUCUCAAUCUCAGGGUACUAUCAACUGGUUGGAUGUGUACGUGGCUACUCGUGAAGGCAUACCUGCUGCUCAGGAAGUAGCGAAAAAUUAUCGCACUUUAGUUGCUGAGCGCUAUCCUGAGGGCACUCAGCCCCCGCAUAUUGAUCAGGAGCUUUGGGAGAGGGCCUCUAUUGUGAAGAAGAACUAUGUCAAGGGUCAGGGACAACGAAGACGCCCAUCUAUCUUUGGCUCAACCUGUAGCACACAGUCUUCACAGUCACCGAGUCAUCCACCUGUUCAUACUCCUGCUGACUGUGUUCGAGCUAUAUGUCAGGAUCGAGCGCUUCUUCGUGUAUUAGGAGGACAUCUUGGGCUUAUGGAUCCUGAUGAGUUAGCUCAUGCUGUGGCUGAGGCAGCAGCAUCGCAGCAAAGUGAUGGUAGGCAGGGUGAUCGUGAUGACCAGGAUGCUGAUGAUUAUGAUCAUGAUGCUGAUAUUGGAGGAUCUUAGUGUAUCAACAAAGUGAUGGUCGUAAGGGUGAUCAUGCCGAUUAGGAUGCUGAUGUUGGAGGAUCUUCGAGUAUUUAGGUGUUAGUAUUGUACUGCUUGGAUGAUAUUUGGAACAUAUGGUUGUGUUGCUGAAAUUUUAAGGAUAUUGAUGUAAACUUUGAUGUUAAUUAAGAUUUCUUCUAUUGUCGGGUUAUUCAAUGCCAUCAUCGUGAAA